AUCAUUACCAUACAUUGACCAUCCAUUACUAAACGUCUUGAUGUGUUGUAACUUCCAACAGGCCAAAGCUUCAUCAACACCAUCUUCGGCGCCGCCUUCCUUUCUCGUGCUGAAGUCGACACCGUGCCUUUCUCCUCCGACAAGCUUUCUGAGAUGCUACACCGCUUGAAUGUUCUUCCCGGUUCCGACUUAGCCAAGGAAGUAAAGAAAAAGCUCAGCGACUGCGAGGCGGCUGCCUCGGAGGGAGAGCACAAGUUCUGCGCCACCUCACUGGAAUCUAUGGUCGACUUUGCGGUCUCCAAGCUAGAGACGCAUGACCUUCAGGUCUCGGCGACCGCGGUGCGCGGCAAGAAGGAGACCGCACCGAAGCAAAGGUACACAGUUGCACCCUCGGGCAUGCAAAAGGCUACGGGCUUCGAGUUGAUUCGCUGCCCCCGCGAGGCCUUCCCAUACGCUGUGUAUUAUUGCGACUUGACCCGGGCUACCAAAGCCUUUGUCGUCACGCUGGUAGGUGAGGACGGGACGACCGCGGAGGCGGUGGCCGCCUGCCACUGUCGCACAUUCGGAUGGAGGUCCGUGUUCUUCAAGGUGCUUGGCGUGAAGCCUGGAACUCCCAUCUGCCACUUCCACAAGACCACCUCGUCUGGAGACCGGUUCACAACGUUGCGUUGCACUACCAGUUAGUAGUGUUUGCUCUACUACAUGCGACAUUUAUCUGUUGUCAUUCGCAUUGAAGCUAGGAUUAUGAAUGUUAUGCUAUCCUCAUAGUAUUAUUAAUGCACUAGGAAAAUAAUUGCGUGGGCAUGUAAUUGCUGCCUAUUAGUAAUUAUAUCGAUCAUUUUGCACCCUCGUUAAAAUAAACACAUCAUAUUAUUUCUAUUCUGAAA